CUAACAUAGACCUGGUUCAUUGGAAAGUAGGUCAGUGGUCCCGAACUCAAACUCACUUUCACUUAUUGCACGGACUCCUAAUCAUUUCGCGUCGCGUCGUGGCCCUGUGCAGGCAACGUACACGCCAGUAAAUAAGGAAAACUCGUCGAGUUUGGAUUUCGGUUUCGUGCGGUCGCUCGGCGUUUGCGUUUUGUAAUCGUUCGAAAAUGCUGCUCGGCGUUCGUUCGAAUUGAUCGAAAUUCGGUAAUUGGUUUGCAUCGAAUUUUAUUAUCGACAAGAAAAAAAAAAACAAGCAACAAAAUCGCGUGGUGGUUGCUGCAACAAAACGCGCGUGUGAUUGUGUGUACAUGUGCCACAUUUUAUUUUGGAUUAUACGCUUGCUUAUUUGGAUAACAUCUACAUGCGCACCUAAGGUGUUCUUAUUUAGUUUUGGAUUUAUCUUUAACCGCCCCCCAUCGAGUGUUUCUAGUGGUCAUACGAAAAAAAGAAAUACGAAUGAUAUCUAUUUUACUAUGACGUUUAGGUAGACAUACACCGUGAAAUGUUACUCGAAAUGGAGAACCACUCCGCGCUGUUAUCGUUGAAUAUGUCCCCGUCCCCGUUUCACACGAACUCUAACGACUCGCCCAUGAACAACAACCAAAGUUCGAGUCCGCUACCGCCCCAAUACACCGCCACCCCGAUACCGUACAGUAGCUGCCAGCAAAGCACCACCAUGGGCAUGCAACACCACUACCAGCAAUCGAUGAUGAUGUCCCAGUCGAUGAGCAACAUCGACAAUUCAUAUUUUUUGUCUUCCUCUGCAGGUGUGAACGCCCACACCCUGUCCGGCAUCGACAUGGGCGCCGGCUAUCAGAUAGCCGGCUCGAUGACGGCCAUGGGGGAGACGCCGGACUCCAAGUACGGCAUCGAGGAAUUGUGCCCCGUGUGCGGGGAUAAGGUGUCCGGGUACCACUACGGGUUGCUCACCUGUGAAUCGUGUAAGGGGUUCUUCAAGCGAACCGUGCAAAACAAGAAGGUUUACACGUGCGUGGCCGAAAGGUCGUGUCACAUCGACAAGACGCAGAGGAAGCGGUGCCCGUUUUGUAGAUUUCAGAAGUGCUUAGAAGUCGGAAUGAAAUUAGAGGCGGUCCGGGCGGACAGGAUGAGAGGCGGCAGAAAUAAAUUCGGACCGAUGUACAAGCGCGACAGGGCCAGAAAGUUGCAGUUGAUGCGACAGCGACAGCUGGCGGCGCAAACGUUGCGGGGCGGCGUCGCGAGCGACAUGUACCCCAACCAGCCGGGCACGUCGCCCUUCGCCAAUAUACACAUCAAACAGGAGAUCCAGAUACCGCAGGUGUCCAGUUUGACGUCGUCGCCGGACUCGUCGCCCAGUCCCAUCGCCGUCGCCGUCGCCUUGGGCCAGGUGAAUUCGACGCUGAACCAACCGGCCUCCAAUCAACAACCGGCCCUCCAAAUAGUGGGCAUACCGAGCGGCGGAAGCGGCGGCGGCGGUGGCGGGGGCGGCGGCCAUUCCUCCAUGGUAGUGAACAAUCAGGACAACAAAUUGUGGGCGCAAGCCAACUCCACCACCACAUCACCUCAUUCUCUUAGUCCUAAAGUGUUCCAAUUCGAGACAGUGGUGCCGGCGGGCGGCGGCGGCACCGUUCCCUCGUCGAGUAAAGUGUCGCCGUUAAUCAGGGAUUUCGUCGCCGCCAUAGACGAUCGCGAAUGGCACAAUUCCUUGUAUACGUUGUUGCAAAAUCAGACGUACAAUCAGUGUGAAGUGGACUUGUUUGAACUAAUGUGUAAAGUUUUGGACCAAAAUCUCUUUUCUCAAGUGGAUUGGGCGAGGAAUUCGAUAUUUUUUAAAGAUCUCAAGGUGGACGAUCAGAUGAAGCUGUUGCAGCAUUCGUGGUCGGACAUGCUGGUGCUCGAUCACAUGCACCAGCGUAUGCACAACAACCUGCCCGACGAGACGACCCUUCACAAUGGCCAGAAAUUAGAUCUACUCAAUUUAGGUUUGUUGGGCGUGCCCAGCCUGGCCGAUCACUUCAACGAUAUCACGGUGAAAUUGCAGGAUUUGAAGUUCGACGUCAGCGAUUACAUUUGCAUAAAAUUUAUGCUGCUGCUUAAUCCGGAUGUACGAGGAAUUACCAAUCGAAAACACGUUCUAGAAGGCUACGAACAAGUCCAGCAAGCUUUACUCGAAUAUACUGUGACAUGUUACCCGCAAAUUCAGGACAAGUUUCAUAAACUGCAGCAACUCCUGCCCGAGAUCCACAGUGUGGCGGUGCGAGGCGAGGAGCACCUCUACCACAAGCAUUGCAACGGCAGCGCCCCCACGCAAACGCUCCUCAUGGAGAUGUUGCACGCCAAGAGGAAAUAACGGCCCGCCCGUCCGUCUCCACGUUACCAUAUCUGUGUGCAAUACCGGCUUACACUCUGUAUAUAAUAAAUAGGUCGCAGGUAAUCUCAUAAUUGUUGUUGACAUUGAUGCCUUUUUCGAAGUACAAAAAAGCAAACCACAAUAUUUUUGUAAUAAGGUAAACCUCAGGCCACAGCCCCAAGCUCUUAUACCGUUGUUUUUUCUUCUUUUUUUUUUAUUUAUGUUAAUGUUGAAUUUUUUUUUUUGAUUUUUUUUAUGAUACACAUUCCACGAGGAGUGCCUCAGAGGGAUUCAAAGGGCAUCCUAAAAAAAUGUAGGCUAUAAGGAGUCUUUUACUAGCUUUCUUCGAAUGUUCGAGAGUCAGUUGAGUGGAUGUAUUGUAUACAUACGUAUGUGCGCACAGCACUAAUAAAAAAAGAAACGUAUUAACAGUAGUACGUGUAGCUUAACUGUGGUGAUGGACUAACUAACAGCUCUGUAAUAUUACGUGUAAUUAUUAAAAUUUACUCUUUAUUAUUAGUUAUUAAGUUUACUUAUAUUAUAUAUUAUGUUAUAUAUAUAUAUUAUGAAUGUUAAUUGAUAAAUGAGAUGACCGAGCUGGGUACUGUGGUCUUAUUUUUUUUUGUGUUGUUGUUAUCGAAAGUUUUUAAGUGAGGAAUGACAAUGUUAAUCAAAUACCAGUUAUUUCACAAAAUAGGUCAUUAUUCAUAUUAUGGAAAUUGUAAAAAGAAACUAAUACUCAUCGAAAAUUCAUGGAUUUAAUCAAAAUUUGUUACUGUUCUACAUUAUCUCAAUCGGAUUGAUUUUUAUUAUUGGGUUAUUUCGUGUGUUAUGGAAAUUUCAUUUAAAUUGAUUUUAAAGACGAUUCAAAUAGAGUAAGGAAGUUAUUGUUAGAAAAAUUUUAUUUCCAUCGACGAAAGAUGAUGUAGAACGCGUUUUGUUAGUUUUUAAAAAUUACCCAAACAAUUUUAAUUUUUUUACUGUAAUAUUUUAUACAAAAUAGUAUUAAAAUUUUAUUUUUA